CGUCAAAUGUUAUUCCCCGUGACCACACACAGAUCGAAGCUCUCAACUCCCCUUAAAUAGACCAACAAUUUAGCCCCUGCAUUUCCAUUAUCAUCUACAGUUCUCUUUAGUAUUCAAGCUCUUAAACUUCCGACUAUUAUCAGAGAAUUGAAGUUUAUUGAGGAUGUCAGGACGUGGAAAGGGAGGCAAAGGAGGAUCAGAGCACACCGUCAAAGCUACUGUAGAAAAUGUAGAUGAAGAUAUUCGAGAACUAUCUGAUGCCAAUUUUGUAGGCACACGGGUGAAAAUGUCAGAGCUGUUGCCCCUACCUUGGCUCUAUGAAAUGAGCCCUUGCUUUGUCAGUAUGGGUGGUGCCACCAUAACAACAAGAGUGUUGACUGUUUCUGAACCCUUGCAUCUCCAAACUAAGGGGUGAAUUGAUGUAUCCAAAUCCAGCUGCUGGAAUUGAUAUUAUAAAUGGAGGAGAUUUGCUGCUGCUUUGUGUAAAGAAGCAGUGCCUAAUUAUUCAAUUUAGGCGCAUGAUGACCUUGGAUGAUCUAACUGAAAUCCCCGAUUCUCUUAUGCAGUUCCUGAAUGACAAAAGUAUCACUCUUGUUGGUCCUAAAAACAUAAGCCAUAAAUCUACUCUCUUUUAUGUAUCUGAAGUUCGCAGCGAGAUAAAAUUGGAAUGUAACAGAAUCGUGGAUAUUUGUUAUUUGGGUGCUAAGAUUCUUAUGAAGCCAAAGCUUCUCACUGGAACACUGGAAGAUCUGAUGGUUGAAGCUGGGCUUGAUCAUAUUAAGAGACCUAUCAUUAAUAAUGGUGAAAUGCGUACUAACUGGCAAUCGUCUUCAGUUCUGUCGGAGGAGGAGGUGAAAUACGCAAUGUAUGAAGUUUACUCAUGCUACCUAAUUGCAAGCAAGCUUUAUGAUGCCAAUUGCAGAUUCAAAGCAGCUUCCUCUCACUCCUUUGACACAAUAGUGAAGGUAGCAGCUGCCUAUGUGCUCGCCAUUUUGGGAGGCCAUACGUCUCCUUGCGCCAAUGACUUGAAGGACAUCUUACCCUGUGUUGGAGCUGAAGCUGAUGAUGAUGAUAGGAUAGAGCUACUGCUAUCACAAGUCAAGGGUAAGGCUAUCACUGGGUUAAUUGCUACUGCACGUGAAAAAUUUGCAAAAUCAGUACCCGCUGGUGGAGGUGCUAUUGCCAUUGCUGCUCCUGCAGGUGGUGCUUCAGCUGAAUCCAAGGAGGAGAAGGUGGAAGAGUAAGGCGAGGAUAUGGGCUUCGUUACACUCGUCGGUUUCGGUGUGUAGAAAGAGUUUAUUUAUUAGGUUCUCAAAAUUCUUAGCUUUGGAGAUAGAGCAACAUUAUGUUUUGUAUUUGAUUAGUGAACUUAAUAUAUCACAUAGCUAGAUACUGCUGUCUCAAAGCCUUCGCAAUUUUUGUAGAUGAAACUUUCGUAUC